UGGAUGCCUGAAAAAUCUCUACACAUAAUAAAUAAUGUCUCUUAUCCCUAGAUUAGCAAAUAGGAUUUUUUUUAAAUAAUUACUAAGUGUCUAAUAUCGUUUAAGUUGAUCAUUGUACGAUAUGACUCAAUCGAAAAAUCAAACUUCCAAGCUACAGGAUAGUCUUCCUCAUCAUCAUGAACUUCAUCCUAAUAUAAUUAAGGAUAGUUCAGCAGGAGGAGCAGGUAUUAUAGCAGCUGAACUUGCAGCCGAAGAAGAAGGUUUAAUUAGUAAUGCUCAAUUAAAAUCUCAUUCAUAUGGUGCUAUAGCUAAAUCUUCAAGUGAAGAAACUACUACUACAGAAAUUGAUGAUCAUGAUGGUUAUGCUUUACCAAAAGCGCAAUUACUAACAGUAAUAUCAUCAUUAUUUAUGGCAUCAUAUUUAGCUGCAUUAGAUAUGACAGUUGUAACAACUUUACUUACUUUAAUUGCAUCUGAUUUAAAGGAAGUUUCUAAUAUUUCUUGGAUUGCUACAGCUUAUUUAUUAUCUUGUGCAGCAUUCCAACCUUUAUUUGGUAAAUUAUCAGAUAUAUUUGGUAGAAAGAUAUUAUUAAUUUUAUGUAGUGGAUUUUUUGCUAUAGGAUGUGUUAUUUGUGUAACAGAUUCUUUAUUUUGGUUAGUCAUUGGUAGAUUUGUUACUGGUAUUGGUGGUUCUGGUUUAACUGCCUUAGGUACUAUUACAAUGUCUGAUUUAAUCCCAUUAAGAGAUAGAGGAUUUUAUCAAGGUUUAGCCAAUGUUUUCUUUGGUUUAGGAUCGGCUUCAGGAGGUAUGAUUGGAGGUUUAAUUGCUGAUUCACUUGGUUGGAAAUAUGUCUUCAUUUUACAAGUUCCUUUAGCACUUAUUGUAGGAAUUUCCCUUUAUUUAAAUCUUAACUUACCAGAAGGUUCUCCAGGUUUAGGAGCUCAUGGUGUUGAUAUUAAACAAAAAUUGAAGAGAGUUGACUUUUUAGGUUCUUUCUUUUUGGUAAGUUCCUUAAUGUUAAUUUUAACUGCUGCUUCUUUAGGUGGUAAAGAAAUUCCUUAUAAUUCUAAGACUUUUAUUGGAUUAACUAGUUCUUCAUUUAUUCUUUUGGCAUUAUUUGUUUAUGCUGAAUCAUAUAUUUCAGAAGAACCUAUUAUUCCAAUACAUUUAUUAGGUAAUAGAACCAUUUUAGCUUCAUCCUUGGCUAAUUGGUUUUAUACAAUGGGGGUAUUCACUUAUCUUUUCUAUAUUCCAGUAUAUUAUACUGCAGUAAUGCAAUUUUCAGCCACUCAAAAUGGUUUAAGAUUAGUUCCCAACUUUUUUGGAGUAUCAUUAGGUUCAGUUGGUGCAGGUCUUUAUAUGAGAAAGACUGGUAAGUAUUAUAAUUUUACAGUUAUUGUUGGACUUAUUUCUGUUUUGGGAGUAAUUAGGAUUUUAUGUAUUACUCCUCAAAUCCCAUUAUGGGAACAAUUUGUCUUGUUAUUACCAUCUGGUAUAGGUUAUUCAAGUAUUUUAACUGUGACUUUAUUAUCAUUAAUUGCUGCUGUACCCUCGAAAUAUCAAGCUUGUACAACUUCAAUUCAAUAUACUUUUAGAUCUACUGGUUCUACUUUAGGUGUAGCCAUUGCUUCAGCCAUUUUUCAAAAUGUAUUAAGAUCUAAUUUAUAUGUUAAGAUUUAUGAAUUAGUUGCAGAUAAACAGGAAGCCAAUGAAAUUAUUGCCAAAGCUCUAGAGAAUGCAGAUUAUGCUAAAUCAGCUCCUAAAUUAAUUAAGAAUGCUAUUAUAGGUUCUUAUUCUGCUGGUUGUAAAGGGGCUUUCUGGUUUAGUGUGUUAGCCAUUGUUUUAGGUUAUACAUCUUCCUUAUUCAUGAGAGAACAUAAGUUACAUACAAGUAUUAAUAGAGAUUAGAUUCAUAGACUCCUAUAAUUAGAAUAAACGAUGCUAGUAU